AUACCCGGUCGGUUGUUUUCUGUUCAUAUAAUGCAUACAGCUCUGGUUGCUGGUUGGGCCGGUUCGAUGGCUCUGUAUGAAUUAGCGAUUUUUUAUCCUUCUGAUCUUGUUCUUGAUCCAAUGUGGAGACAGGAUAUGUUCGUUAUACCCUUCAUGACUCAUUUAGGAAUAACCAAUUCAUGGGGCGAUUGGAGUAUCAGGGGGGGGGGGGGGGGGGGGGUUGUAACGAAUUCGGGUAUUUGGACUUAUGAAGGUGUAGCGGGAGCACAUAUUGUGUUUUCUGGGUUAUGCUUUUUGGUAGCUAUUUGGCAUUGGGUGUAUUGGGAUCUAGAAAUAUUUUAUGAUGAACGUACAAGAAAACCCUCUUUGGAUUUGCCAAAGAUCUUUGGAAUUCAUUUAUUUCUCUCAAGGGUAGCUUGCUUUGGUUUUGAUGCAUUUCAUGUAACAGGCUUGUAUGGUCCCGGAAUAUGGGUGUUCGAUCCUUAUGGACUAACGGGAAAAGUACAACUUGUAAAUCCAGCGUGGGGCGUGAAAGGUUUUGAUCCUUUUAUUCCAGGAGGAAUAGCCUCUCAUCAUAUUGCAGCAGGAAUAUUGGGCAUAUUAGCGGGCCUAUUCCAUCUUAGCGUCCGUCCACCACAACGUCUAUACAAAGAAUUGCGUAUGGGAAAUAUUGAAAUCGUCCUUUCCAGUAGUAUUGCUGCUGUCUUUUUUGCAGCUUUUGGUGUUGUCGGAACUAUGUGGUAUGGUUCGGCAACUACCCCGAUUGAAUUAUUUGGGCCCACUCAUUAUCAAUGGGAUCAGGGGUACUUCCAGCUAGAAAUAUAUCGAAGAGUUAGUGCUGGGCAAGUAGAAAAUCAAAGUUUAUCAGAAGCCUGGUCUAAAAUUCCUAAAAAAUUAGCUUUUUAUGAUUACAUCGGCAAUAAUCCAGCAAAAGGAGGACUAUUCAGAGCAGGUUCAAUGGAUAACAGGGAUGGAAUAACGGUUGGAUGGUUAGGACACCUUAUCUUUAGAGAUAAAGAAGGGCAUGAACUUUUUGUACGUCGUAUGCCUACUUUUUUUGAAACAUUUUUGGUCGUUUUAGUAGACGGCGAUGGAAUUGUUAGGGCCGAUGUUCCUUUUAAAAGGGCAGAAUUGAAGUAUAGUGUUGAAAAAGUAGGUGUAACUAUUGAGUUCUACGACGGUGAACUUAACGGCGUCAGUUAUAGUGAUCCUAUUACUGUGAAAAAAUAUGCUAGACGUGCUCAGUUGGGUAAAAUUUUUGAAUUAGAUCGUGCUACUUUGAAAUUCGAUGGUAUUUUUCGUAGCAGUCCAAGGGGUUGGUUUACUUUUGGGCAUGCUUCGUUUGCUUUGGUCUUCUUGUUCGGACACAUUUGGCAUGGUGCUAGAACCUUGUUCAGAGAUGUUUUUGCUGGUAUUGACCCAUAUUUAGAUGCUCAAGUCGAAUUUGGGGCAUUCCAAAAACUUGGAGAUCCAACUACAAAAGGAUAGGCAGCCUGAUACAACAUUGCUUUGGUAUCUUUCUUUUUCCCUUAUUUUCUUUCUUUUACUUUUAUUGACAUAGGGUACCAGAGAAAUCUUUAUUUGAAUCAACUUUGUUUUUACUCUUGUUCGUUCUUUAUCAGGAAGAUGAUAAAAAAAAGAAAAUAAAAAGAAACAAACAGGUAUGCAAGCUAUAAUUGUAAACCACGAUCGAAUCUAUGGAAGCAUUGGUUUAUACAUUUCUCUUAGUCUCGACUCUAGGGAUAAUUUUUUUUGCUAUUUUUUUU